CCCUUCUCCCCUCUUAUUCCUUCCCACCGCUUUUCCGUUCUUUCCUCGCACUUUCUUCAGGAAUCCCCGUUCUUGCUCUUGGUCCGGCGGCCGCCUUCUCCAAGGGGCCUGCGGCUCAUGGGUUCGGAAGUUGAGCUUCUAACGCGGUCGUUUGAAGAUGACAGGCUUGUCCUUUGUCCUAAGCAGGAGUCACAGAUUUCAGCAAGUAUGGCCCCCCGCAAGAAGCGUCGAAACACCCCAAAGUUGCCCCUGGCCUUAAACCCCCGGAAGAGCAAGGACGUGCUGGCAGUGCUGGCGGAGAGGAACCAGCCUGUGGUGCCAGUGGGGGCGUGGGUGGAACCUGCCUCGCCGCGCAGUUCGGGAAACACAGCGUAUACUGCAGCAUAUGUAAUUGAGAAAGAACUAAAGGAACAGUUAAGAAAAAAACAAGAAGCUUUGAAGCGUUUUCAGAGACAAGCCAAACACCGAGUAAAUCAACGAAUUAGGCUAAAAAAAAAGCAACAGCUUGAGAAGUUCUAUGAAGAAGCAGAAAAAGAAGACACUGUAGGUAUGCUGCCUUCAGAUCUAGAACACUUAACUUCUAGAAGAACAACGAUUUUUCCAAAGACUUUGAAUGCUGCUAUUGGAAGUGCUUGGUCACCUUCUUCCCAGAAGCUUGAUGAUGGAAUACAAGACAGAGAGAAUCAGAAUCAAUUAAUACAACACGCCCUGGCUCUUAGGAAAACCAUGAAACAGGCACGUCACCAGCUGGCAUCCUUUAAAACUAUGAAUCAAAAAUAUGCAACAGUGUUUCCACAUGAUACAAGGAAAAGCUGUCCCGCCCAACAGGAACCUGACUCUGAGGAAUCUUCAUCGAUUACGAUAGACAAGAAAGGGGAAGAAAAAUUGUUUUGGAAGAACCAACAGGGUUUCUUUUCUGAAGAGAAGAACAAAGCUUUCAGCAGAGUUCAGAAAAUACAAUUCAAAACUCCAUUAUAUGCUGUAAUAGAAGAGGAACAGCUAAAUGAGUUACAGGAUAUUCUGCCAGAAACGCAGGAUUAUCUUUCAGAAACCCAAGGUGAUCUGCUGGAGACCCAGGGUGAUCUAACAGGAGUGCAGAGUGUUGAGCUGGAAGCCCAGAAUAUUGAGCCACAUUCCCAGGCUGUUGAGCUGGCAGGCCAGCCUAUGGACGGCCAAGUUGUUGAACCCAAAGCCCAGGCCAUUGAACUUAAAGUCCAGGUUGUUAAGCUAGAACCUCAGAGUCUGAUGCUGGAAGCCCAGAGUAUUGAACUAGAAGAUGGAAAUACGUUGGAAGUCCAUGAUUUUUUAUCCCCAAAUCAGGCUUUUCUACCCAAAGACCAGAACAUUCUACCCAAUGACCAGAAUAUUCUACUCAAGUGUCAGGACCAACAUAUUCUACGCAAAGACCAGCAUGUUUUCCCCAAAGACCAGGAUAUUCAACCCAAAUAUCAGGACCAGGAUUUUAUACCCAAAUGUCCAGACCAACAUAUUCUACGCAGAGAUCAGCAUGUUUUCCCCAAAGACCAGGAUAUUCAACCCAAAUAUCAGGACCAGGAUUUUAUGCCCAAAUGUCCAAACCAACAUUUUAUACCCAAAGACCAGCAUAUUCUUGCUAACGACCAGAAUAGCAUACCCAAAUUUCAACACCAGCAUUUUCUACCCAGAGAGCAAUGUGUUCUCACCAAAGGUCAGCAUGUUUUCUCCAAUGAACAGAAUACUCGAUGCAAAUGUCAGGACCAGGAUUUUCUACCCAGAUAUCAGAAAGUCCGCUUCAAGGAGCCAUAUUCUGUUAUAAAUGAGAGAGGGAGACAUGGCUUUUCUCUGGCAGGUUAUCAGUCUCCGACUCCUAAAGUUCAGGACCAGGUGUGCAUCAGUGAUCAGAACAUGUUUUUCGAGCAGCCGUCAUCUUUUCUGAGAGAAGUGAGAGUGAGAGAUGAAUUUCCUCCGGAGUAUCAUCAUUAUGUUAACCCUCAAGUCCAGGACCAAGCCUCCCCUGGCGAUCAGAGCUUAUACUCCAGGCAGCAGCCAUCUGUCGGAACAGCUGAAAGAUGGCGAGAUUUGCUUCUGGAUGGCCAUCAGUAUCUUCCAGCCAAGCACCCGAGAGAAGCUUCCAGCAGAAGGCAGGUUUAUGAUAAAUGUCAAUCAGGAUGGAACACUGAAUUCCAAACUCCACUAGGACUUCAGUUUGGAGUAAAUCAAGAAGAAGACAAAAAAGAGCGUCAAAAGCGGUACCUGAGAUAUAGGCGACUUUUCAUGGAUAUUGAAAGAGAAAAAGUAAAAGAACAACAAAGGCAAAAAGAAUGCAGGAAGAGAAUUGAAAAAAUUAAGAGAAAGAAAGAGCAGCAACGUUAUGCUGAAGAGCAGAGGAUAUUAAGAAUGAACUUUCAUGAAGAGCCAUGUUCAGGGGAGAAGAUGAGUGAGAUGUUAGCGCAGCUACAGCUCGAGGAAACGAAAGAAGCCAGAGAAAAACAGCAACGAAGAGAAAGGGAAUGUCAAAGGUAUCUAGAAGCUUUAAGGGUCCAGAUCCAAGAGAAAAUGCGGCUGUAUAAUAUUACUUUACCUCCACUCUGCGGCUGCGGUCCUGAUUUUUGGGAUGCUCAUCCUAAUACCUGUGCCAACAAUUGUAUUUUCUAUAAAAACCACAGAGCUUAUACCCGGGCACUAUAUUCAGUCAUCAAUUCCUGUGAUAGAGGGACCUUGAUUCUUCGAGCUGCCAUUCAUAAUUUUGCUUCUGCCUACAGACGGACUUUGAAAAAUGUAUAUUCAGAAUCUGAAAUCAACUGUUAGUAUUUCAGCCUUCGCUUAAAAUCAAUUCUCUGAGAGAUUGUUCAGGAAAAACUGUUAAAGUGUAUAAUCUGAAAGGAAGACUGUCCCACGUAACAACAGUCUCUGCAAUUAUAUUGGAACCAUCGUUUCAGUCUCCAUCUUGGGACCACGAUGGAAAGUUGACUUCCACACUUGCCUCUUUGCUGUGAACCAUGUGGAGUUUAUUGUUUUAAAAAUGAUCAGUCAGACCAGUAAGGUUUAUCUUACUUUGCUCUGUUCUGAUCUGAAGAGAUCAUGAGAAAUCUUUGAGAUUACCUUGUUUAUUGUCUUUCUAAAACUGUAUCUUUGAGUUUUAACAAAAUUGGAAAUGUCUGGAAGAAGCAGAAAAGAAAGAUGAUGAAAUGAGUUUCUUCGCAUCAGUGGUCAUCUAGAUUCCUGCUAGCUUUUCUAGUUGUAUAUAACAAUUAGAGAUGAGAAGGAUUUGAAUUUGAUGCACUUUUUUUCUAAAAAUUUCUUUGGGGUUUUUUUGGUGUGUGUGUGUGUGUUUUAACUUAUUACCUCUUUCCCCAUUCAGCGAAUUGGUCAUAAACCUUUUUAAUUUUAUAAUUUUCAUUGCCAAAAAAGGGAAAAUAAACCCUCUGUCUUUUGAGCA